CUACGGCCUCACAUAAACCCUCACAGCUCCUGUCACUCCGCCCACUCUCUGAGCUGCAGCCAGAGCGAAAAGUCAUUUCCCACGCAGCUGUUCAACGCGCAACAGGAAAAGUGACAAAUAUGACCCGUCGUGUGGCAGUUAUUGGAGGCGGUAGUUCAGGUCUGGCCUGUAUCAAGUGUUGUCUGGAUGAGGGGCUGGAGCCUGUGUGCUUUGAGAGUAGUGAUGACAUCGGUGGUCUGUGGAGGUUUAAGGAGAAUCCUGAGCCUGACAGGGCCAGCAUCUAUCACUCAGUCAUCAUCAACACCUCCAAGGAGAUGAUGUGUUUCAGCGACUUCCCCAUUCCUGCACACUUUCCCAACUUCAUGCACAACUCCCUCAUCAUGGAUUACUUUCGGAUGUACGCUGAUCACUUCCAGCUCACUAAGCACAUACGCUUCAAUACCAAGGUGUUGCAGGUGAAGCAGAGAUCAGAUUUUUCUCACUCAGGCCAGUGGGAUGUGGAAACAGAAGACAAGGACGGCAAAAAAAAGAAACACAUUUUUGAUGCUGUGUUGAUCUGCAUUGGACAUCACUGCCAUCCCAACAUGCCCCUUCAUGACUUCCCAGGCAUUGACACAUUCACAGGCAAGUAUUUCCACAGCCGGGACUAUAAGACCCCUGAGGAGUGGAGGAAUAAACGGGUUGUAGUUAUUGGAAUAGGAAACUCUGGAGGAGACAUCGCUGUGGAACUGAGCAGAGUCACCAAACAGCUUUACUUGAGCACUCGAAGGGGAGCCUGGAUCCUGAACCGUGUCGGGGACAAUGGCAUGCCCCUAGACUUACUUUUUAACAGGGUGAUGAAUGCUGUACGAUGCAUCCUUCCCUUUGAGUAUUUCUGUCGUCUGGGAGAAAAUCGUCUUAAUCAAAGAUUUGAUCACAGUCUGUACAAUCUCAAACCAAAGCACAGGCUGUUCAGCCAACAUCCCACAGUGAACGAUGAGCUGCCCAACCGCAUCCUGUCUGGAACAGUUCAGGUCAAACCCAACAUCCGCAGAUUUCAAGGGUCCAGCGUGGAGUUUGAUGAUGGAAGUGUUGUUGAGGACGUAGACCUGGUGGUUUUUGCCACAGGUUACAAGUUUUCCUUCCCUUUUCUGGCUUCACAAGUGGUCUCAGUGAGUGAGAACAAAGCAUCUCUCUACAAGUACGUGUUCCCUCCUGAACUGGACCGUCCCACACUGGCCAUCAUUGGUCUGGUGCAGCCACUGGGGGCCAUUAUGCCCAUCUCUGAGAUGCAGGCCAGAUGGGCCACUCGGGUCUUUAAAGGUUGUGCCAAGCUUCCUUCAGUUUCUGCCAUGUUGAAGGACAUUCAGUACAAAAAGGAGACCAUGGCUAAAAGGUAUGUCACCAGUCAGAGACACACCAUCCAGGUGGACUAUGUCACUUACAUGGAUGAGAUAGCAGAGCUGGUGGGGGUUAAACCCGCACUGUCACGACUUCUGCUGACUGAUCCCAAACUGGGACUGAAUGUGGUGUUUGGUCCCAGCACCCCUUAUCAGUACCGUCUCAGAGGGCCAGGAAAGUGGGCUGGGGCCCGUCAGGCCAUCCUCACUCAGUGGGAGAGAGUGGCUAAACCCAUGCAGACCAGGAUCUGUGAUGAACCCAAAGCCCAGAGGUCAUUCAAGUGGCCUCUGAUUCUGUCAGCUACUGCUUUGGCCUUGGCUGUGUAUGUGAACAGGAGCAGCCUUUUACCUUUACUACAAGAUCCCACUGCAUUGGUGGACACGAUGAAAGGGUACCUACCCACAUACUGAAGGACUUGACCCAUUUCACCUCUGAGAACUCUUGAAACAGUCACCUUGAGUUUUCAGCCAGCUCCUGUAGCUGCAUAUAAUUUGUUUCAUCUUAAAAUAUGAAUGAGGACAAAGAUUUUUAUUUUACCUCUCCUCUUCAGCAAUUUGGCCUCCAAUAUAAGUGUACUGGGUGACUGGGAUUUGCUUGACAUUUUUGUUCUAAGAGGGUUUGGAACCUUAGAUCAAUUCCCCCUAUUGGUUGGAUGUAAUUAUUUUAUUAGUGUACAGAUAUUACUUAAUGGGAGAACAGAACACGGUUAUACACAAACAGUGAUACAGACCCUGAAACAGAAACAAACAACAGGCAAAAACAAAAUAGUAACAACAACAGUAGAGGAACAUCAGUGAAUCUGAAGAACAGAAAAGUCUGAUAUCACAAUAACCCAUAGAAAGCAACAAAUGACAAAUAAAUAACAAAGCAAAGAUAGCAACAGAAUAAGAUUUGGGGGGUGGGGGUAUGUGUGUGGGAAGUUGCAACCCCACCCACCCAUCAUCACCAGCAGCAGGACAGGGACGGCCUGGAGGGCACAGGUAACCAUCGACCCACAGAGCCCAAAGGACCCAAAACCACACCCCAUGAUGCAGCCCCACGGCCAGAGCCAGAACUGCAACCACCAAGCCACUAAGAGAUCCUCUCAUUCUGGGCAAGGGUCCCCAGACAAGGGUGACGAAACCCCCCCACCACCACCACCACUACCACCCUGCCGGGGUACCAGAGACGCAGGACCCACUCACACACUAGCGCUGUAGCAGACUCCCCCUCCAGGGGGGGGCAACCAUGUGGGUCACUCCAGCUAGAACCCCCUACUAGGAGAGAGGGUCCCCCAGGCCAGUCCCCCUUUUACUUUCUGGUUUAUUUAAUUUAUUGAAAAUUUGAAGUGACUCCCCAAGUAUUUCUACCGUUUAGAGGAGUUGGUGUCCACUGUAUUCAGGGGCAGAGCACAGCCUAUGGAGGCAGGAUUUAAGAGGGACACAGCUGAUACUAACACUGCGCUUCAUGGUUACUGGUGAAAAA